CCCUCACUACCCCACACCCCCGAGUCCCUUGCAAGAUAAUGCACAGUACACACAGUGAAAGCUGUACACUUGCAUUUCAUCGCCAUUAAUACUUCUCAGAAUUAAUUCGUGAUUUUCACUUUUUUCACGGAUUUUUCCUUCAUAGCUAUAUAUCUAGCCACUUUACUUGCUAGCUCGCACGAUUGCUUGAAUUUUUUUGUUGUGAUUUUAGCUAUAUAUUUAUAGUGGUGGUUUUAUAUAGUGAGAGAAAGUUGUUCAGAGUGAUGGACCUGGAUAAGGUGACGUUGGAGAUUUUUGCCAAGUUGGAACAGAAAUGGUUGUAUCACUGUGAUGGGAAGAAGACGCGUGUUUUAAGCAUUGAUGGUGGAGGACCUACCGGCAUUGUUGCCGGUGCCGCCUUAGUUCACCUCGAGUCUCAGAUCCAAGCGAUCACCCGUGAUUCGCAAGCGCGCAUUAUGGAUUUCUUCGAUAUUAUCGCCGGCACGGGUAUUGGCGCUUUUCUCGCCGCAAUGCUCGUCGCCGAUGAUGGUGCGGGUCGUCCGCUGUUCUCCGCUAAAGACGCUGUGAAUUUUCUGAUGGAGAAUCAGGCGAAGCUUUUCAAGGAGAAAAACGUCGGCGUUUUUCGCCGCCGACAGAGGUUUUCCGAUACGAGCAUGGAUAGGGUGCUAAAGCAGGCGCUUAGGAGAGAAGACGGAAAGGUUUUGACCUUAAAGGACACGUGUAAGCCACUCCUUAUACCAUGCUUCGACCUCAACAGCUCAGCACCAUUCGUCUUCUCCCGUGCCGACGCCUCGGAGUCAGCGAGCUUUGACUUUGAGCUUUGGAAAGUCAUCCGCGCUACAUCAGCGACUCCGUCAAUGUUCAAGCCGUUCAAGCUCUCGUCGAUUGACGGAAAGAUCUCUUGCUUGGCCGUAGACGGCGGACUUGUGAUGAACAACCCCGCCGCAGCAGCCGUAACUCAUGUCUUGCAUAACAAGCGUGAUUUCCCGUCAGUUACCGGCAUUGAUGACCUUUUGGUACUCUCUCUCGGUAACGAACCGUUGAGCACUUCAUCAAAGUUGAAACUCAGCCGCGACGGCCACUGUACGCCGUUGUCCGUCGUUGGCAUUGCCCUCGACGGCAUCUCUGAAACCAUUGACCAAAUGCUUGGCCAUGCCUUCUGCUGGAACCCAAAUAGUUACGUCAGAAUUCAGGCUAACAGUGUUGGGGAACGACCGGAUGAAGUGUUAACGGGGAGAGGUGUUGAGUCGUUACCGUUUGGCGGGAAACGGUUAUUAACGGAGACAAAUGCACAGAGACUCGAAGCGUUUGUGCAACGGCUUGUUGCAUUGGGAAGGAGUAGUCUACCACCAAGUCCGUGCAAGGAAACGGCCGUCAGUCCUCUUGUUAACGACCGUUAAUUUAUUUUUUACGUUUUCUUUUUCCUUUUUGUCCUUGUUGUUCAGUUUAAUAUUCACCCAUGUCGGGGUGCUAGUUAUAGCUCUGUUGUCAGCUUUAAAUAUUAGUUGUAAAACUAAAAUUACAAUGUUAGCAAUGAGUAAUGACUGUUUAGCAUUAA